CUAGUUAUAACAAGUCUCUGGGAAAAACCUGUAUUACCUAUACUGACUCAUUCUUAAACCUACCCUGAUUAUCUGCCUUAGUUUCCCGUUCGACUCUGUUUGCAACUUUUGUGUGUUCCUUGUAGCAGUUGUAGAAUACUGUCGAUUGAUCUCCUCAGGUUCUUUUUAAACUCUUUUUUGUUUUGUGAUAAUUAGACAUGAAUCGCGAGCGCGAAAUUAUAUCAGUACGCGGGAGAAACAAAUUUGUGUCUGACGGUUUUUCAUACACAUUUGAUAAGCUAAGUAAAGACGGCCUAACAUCAUUUUGGAGGUGCACCAAUAAAGAUGAAUGUAAGGCGAGAUUACAUACAAGGAACAACGAGGUGGUUAAAUUGCUCAAUGUACAUAAUCACGAUGCUUCUGCGUCAAGCAUUGAAGCAGCUGAAAUUGUUACCCGUAUCAAGGCACGUGCUGUGAACACCCAAGAAUGUACUUCACAAGUUAUCAACGAGUGCAUCACCGGAAUAUCUCAAGCAGCAAUGGCUUCUCUUCCACAACUGGGAGCUCUCAAGAAAACUGUAAGACGCAAGAGAAAUGAAGUUAAUGCAGCCCCUCCAGCACCACUGAAUUUGCAAACGCUACAAAUUCCAGAUGAAUUCAAAAUGUAUGCAUUUGACAAUGGAAUAGAAGAAAAUUUUUUGUUAUAUGACAGUGGACCGGAAGAAAUGAGGAUAUUGAUUUUUGGUCGUCGACAGAAUUUACACAUUUUACGUAGCAGUGAUACCUUCUAUGGCGACGGCACCUUCAAAACAGCUCCACAUUUGUUUUCGCAAAUUUAUACUAUACUUGGACGACUUCAUGGUGGAGUGCAUCCAAUCAUAUAUGCCCUUCUGCCAAAUAAACAGGGCGCUACGUACGUGAGAUUGUUUCGAGCAUUAAUAGAAUUAGAGCCCAACUUUCAACCUCGAUCGUAUUCCUGCGAUUUUGAAGCAGCCGCCAUUACUGCAUUUCAAGGAUGCUUUCCCGAUGCAAAUAUAUUCGGUUGCUAUUACCACCUAACUCACAACGUAAAGAAAAAAAUUUGUGAAUUAGGAUUGAUUCAAAACUACAAUAAUGAUGCUAAUUUCUCCUUGCGCGCAAAAAUGGUACCCGCGUUGGCCUUUGUUCCAAUAAACGACCUGGAAAACGCCCUUGAUGCUAUUUCGGAAGCUCUUCCCGAUGAUUUGCAACCCUUGGUAGAUUGGUUUGAGGACAAUUACAUCGGUCGCAGAAAUCGUAGAGGGCUUGGCAGGCGUCCAGCCCUGUUCGGACCAGAGACAUGGAAUCUGCAUCAAAGAGUGUUAGACGGCGAAGAUCGUACGAACAAUUACGCCGAAGCAGCGCACCAGGACCAUACGGAAUAUCUCGUAUUAGCUCGUUCCGAAGCCGCACCAUCGUUGUUUGAGGGGCCUUACAAGAGGAAAACAACAAAGUCAGAGUUAGAGGAAACUAUAAAUGCUGCAUACACUGAUAGUCCACCGACCUACAAAGUGCAAUACGUUGUCGGCGUAAAUCAAGACGCAGACACCUUCAUUGUGACAGUCGUAAUCAAGGCGACCACUUUAGACCAAGUUGCCGUAGUUGCGAAGGAUGCGGAUUUAUUCGCGCUUAUGAUCACUUAA